ACUUGGACAUCAGCCCCAAUACUUGGGAGUCACUUGCUGAGGACCCUUCAACUUGGAAAACAAAGUUAACAAAAGGGCCUGUUAGAGAGAAUAGACGGACUGCACAAAGCCAGAGCAACCUCCACCUCUACAGAGCAUCCACCCACAUGCACCAUGUGUGGACGAUCCUUCCAGACCCAGAUUGGACUCUGCCUCCAUCAUCUGACACACAGCCACCAACAUUUGCUCUCAUAUAUUGACGUCAUAGUCAUCUCUUGAUUCCGAAGGAUGAUCAUCGUGAGUCUGACUACUGUAUUAGCUAUAUACUGUAUUGACUACCCCAGCUGGAUUACUUCUGUGUAAAUAUUGUAAUAAGUUAAAAAGAUAAAUUCUCUAUUGAAUAUGAUAUUACCAAAUAUUAGUAACUUUCUGCAGUCCUCUCCCUGUUUCAUCGCUCUUCUGUAAUUACCUUAGUUACAGGAUGAGAGCUACGCUCGUGGUGUCCUGUCUUCCCAAUACUCUGUCAAAUAACACUUUGAAACUACUGAUAGUUUUGCCCUCCACCACCACCUCACAUAACUUGUUCCAAACAUCAACCACUGUUUGCAAAAGAAAACUUUCUAAUAUUUUUUGGCACAUUUGUUUCCUUAGCUUGAAUCUGUGACCUCUUGUCUUGAAGUUGUUGGUUUCAGUAAUUCCUCCAUGUCAAUUAGAUCGUUCCCUGUUAUUAUUUUGUAAGUGAUGAUCAUAUCACCUUUUUCUUCUAUUUUCUGUCUUUGGCAUAUUUAACGCCUCUCCUCGUAACUCUUGCCUGCAGUUCUGGAAGUCAUUUUGUAGCGUGACUUUGCACACUUUCCAGUUUAUUUAUGUUUCUUGAGAUAUGGGCGCCAUACAACUACUUCAUAUUACAAUUUGGUCUCACAAAAGUCAUGAACAGUUUCUUUAGUAUUUUACCAUCCAUGUUGUUAACCCCCCCCCCCUCCCCUUCUGCUGGGAGGGGGGGUGUUGAAAAUGGAAAUGAGGGAGGGAGAUAGAGAGACCUGGGCACAUCUAGAUACCCAAUCUAUACAAUAAUUAUAAUGAUAUUCUGUCUAAGGCUGGAGGCCAUAUGCUUGGAGUUAGCCUUAUUCAACGUUCAUACAUGAAGCAUUUGCAUUAUGGGAGUAUCAUAGGGUUCGAAUCCCAUUAUUGCUCAAAUUGAUUUUCUCGCUGAUAUAUCAGGUUAGUGGGAUUUCCUUGUGUAUGUAAUCAUACACAAGGAAAUUGUGUAUUGGCAAUCAUCUAAGGGUAAACAAAGUGGCGCCCCCCAGCUGAUCGGUCGCCAUGGCAACCGCGUCAACACUUGAGGGGAUGGUCCUGGAGACCGGAUAUCCCCCUCGGCCGGACACACACACCAGUCAAUCACCGGCUCCAGAGUGACAGGUGCGUCUCCUGGCCCUACUGUCCCUUCACACUCGCGGACACCUUUCUGGUUAUCGUCGAGACGACCUCGUGUACACAGGUGGGUGUGCCAGGUGUAUUGUUACUCAGAUGACUGCCAGGUGUAUGUGAGUGUCAGAUGACUGCCAGGUGUAUUGUGAGUGUCAGAUGGGAGGCUUAGCAUGUUACUGUGUAAGUAUAGAGUAUAGUGAGUGUCAGUUUGUAGGAGUGUAUGACACCGUGCCAGUAUAGUGAGUGUCAGCUUGUAGGAGUGUAUGACACCGUGCCAGUAUAGUGAGUGUCAGCUUGUAGGAGUGUAUGACACCGUGCCAGUAUAGUGAGUGUCAGCUUGUAGGAGUGUAUGACACCGUGCCAGUAUAGUGAGUGUCAGCUUGUAGGAGUGUAUGACACCGUGCCAGUAUAGAAAGUAUAUACAGUAUGACACAAUGCAAACAUAGGAUCACUUAUGUUUAAAGUGCAUUUAGUAACUGGGAAAUGGUAUAUGGAAUAUAUAUUAAUUAGCUGAUAUUUGGUAAUAUAUAAUAUUUACUCCAUCGUCGAGAUCAGGAGGGAAAGUCAGUGUGUGUGUGUUUCUCUCUUUCUCCCUCUCUCCCCCCUCUCUUCCCCCUCUCUUCUCCCUCUCUUCCCCCUUUUUCUUUCCCUAUAAAUGCUUGUGUUAAACACGAAGGUGUGACAUUGUAGGUGAUGGUGAGUGUAAACGCUGAGACGCUGUGGGCCUGGCUCGGACACCACCAUCCUCGACGCUCCUCAAAACGCACGAAAAAAGAUCCAAGGCCUACCCCGGGGGCCGCUCGGUCCACAGGUGCCAGGGUGAAGGGGGCGCCAGAGGUGGGGGAGGCGGCAAAACAGGAGAGGGAACAGGAAGAACACGCGGAGGAAACUCUGAAGCUGAAAAUACAGGAUAACGACGAGAAAGAGGAAGAUGAAGAGGAGAUGAGGAAGGAGAGGGAGGCCUACUUAUCCCGUGUUACGCAUCUUCAUCUGGAGAGGAAGGGAAUCACGCAUAUCGAGAAUGUGAGCGCGUGCCCCGGCGCUCGCGUGGCCUUCCUUCAGCACAACCACCUCACCCGGCUGGCCAACCUGCGCCCUCUUAGGAACCUGCAGGAGCUCUACCUCCAGGACAACCACAUCACCAGACUGGAGUGCCUACAGGAGCUGGUGAGCCUGCGUCGCCUGCUGGUGCCUGGCAACAGGGUGGGGGUGGUGGAGGGCCUGCCUCGUGGCCUGCACGAACUGCACAUCCAGCACCAGAGGCUUCCCCCUGGGGACGCCUUGGUGCUCGACCCUCAAGCCCUGACAACGGUGCAGAAUACAAUGCGACUCCUGGAUGUUACCGGCAACAGACUCACAGAGCUGGGAGCUGUGGGGCUGCUUACUCAGCUGCAGGUGUUGCGCGCCGCGGACAAUGACCUGGCGUCUCUGGGUCACCUGACAGCCGUAGUGAGCCGUCUGGGACACCUGAGGGAGGCGGUGCUGGUGGGCAACCCUGUCACCGCACACAGGCGCUAUCGUCCAGCUCUCAUAGUCUCCGCUCCACCUUCCCUAGAAUACCUGGACGCGCGAGCGGUUACUUCCCACUCCAGAGAGUUCCUCAGCCAGGCUCAGCGGCACCGCACCUCCCUCAGAAAGAAGAGCCAGGAGUGUACCUCUGUGGCUAGUGCCUGUGGGACGGCUCCACCUGGGGCAGAUGGUGCGCCACCUGGAGCAGCUGGGGCAGAUGGUGCUCCACCUGCCACAAUGGACUCCUUAAAGGCAGAGAAACAUCUGCUCUUCACCUCCAUCACUCAGGCACAUCAAACAGAGUCAAUGGCAACUGGUCCGAGCUUCGUGUUGGGAGCCCUCAGGCGACCAGAAUUUGACCUCAUUCUCAGGCGAGGUCAACGGAGGAGCCUGGCAAGGGGGUCAGGUGACCCAGAUGACCACCUCCGGCAGGCCAUCACUCAAUGGUCCACACAAGAAGAUCUAAACGGAAACUCGUCCGAGAAUGAUGCGUCAGACACUGAGGAUGUGUCCCAGGGAAACACCAGCCAUGAUGACCACCGGAGCCUCAUUGCUCAUGCUGCGUCUCCUGAGAAGAGUGUCUGGUUUGUUGGUGAUGAGGACCCGAGCUGUGAGGAGGCGCCUCGCCUCAUCCCCAGGCCGUACUGGAGGAACAAGCCUCAUAUUCCCCGCACCAACACUAUUAAAACCCCUACAGUGACUAAGGUCAAUAGUUAAGGUGUUCAAAUUGCUUAUUCGUGUAAUCUAUUCAGAGAUAUGUUGUCGGUUCAUUUCCCUUUCAAACUAUUAAACAUUUUUUUAAUAUCGUAAAAUUUGAUACUAUUGCAUUGCAAUAUUUAAUUAGUCACUGAAAAAGUUGUUAUUAAAAUUAUCAGGAACAUUUUGUUAGUGUUCCUGCACCCUCCUCAUGUAAUUAUUUAUUUAUUAAUUCAUAUACAAGAUGACACAAUGGGUUGUUAUAGUUCACCCAUUGAUGGGUGUGUAGUACAGUCUUGAUACUUCACUAACACGCACAACACAUGGCAAGUUGAACAGGUUCCUUGAAUAUACUGUAAUAUAAUUCCAGUCAAACUGGUGAACCUCUCUACAUUAACAUAGGCGACACCAGUUUAUCAUGCGUAGGGUCAAUCAUUCUUAUAUAUGUCAAUGAUAUUGCACAUAUCACUUGUUGUAUUAUGUAUGUAUGCCUUCUGAGGUGUACUUAUGUGCUCCCAAUCAUUCUCAAGUCGAUUGUGAUGAGGAAUGAUUGAUUGAUGAUGAUUAAGCCACCCAAAAGGUGGCACGGGCAUGACUAGCCCGUAAGUGGUGGCCCUUUUGAGCCAUUACC